AUGACCGACUAUGGCGUUCGUGCUCCUCAUGGCCCCGACAUGUCGGGAACCCAUCCGCCUCUCGAGGACAUGGAUAUCAACGAGAAGGGUGCUUUUGAUGCCCUCAUCCGCCCCGAGGACAGCUACACUACCGACGGUACCUACUGGGCUGAUCUUCCUCUGUUCAAGAGGGUCAAGUUUGUGAGCUCCUACGAUGCUACCGAAGCGAAACGGGAACUGGGAAGCAUUUGGGAUAUGUUCAAGGCCGAUCCUCUUUCGCCAAUUUCUUAUUAUUUCCGCAACAUGGUCCUUCCUGGUGCGGGUCUGGGUCUGGAAGGUUACGUGCUCUUCUCGAUCGGAAACAUCAAGCCCCUCUUUCAACAGGUCUUCCCGGCUUGCUGGGACAAGCACGAGAUCUGUAACAAGCAGUGGAUCAACGCCGUUGACUACCUAGAAAUCGUGGGUAUUAUUUUUGGUCAGAUCUUGGUUGGAAUCGUCGGUGACUGGCUCGGACGUCGAUUCGGUUUGAUUCAGGAUGCUACAGUCAUGCUUCUCGGUUUGGUCAUGCUCACGGCUGCUUGGGGUGUCACCCAAAAUGGCUGGGUUAUUUGCUACGCCUGGUCGCUGUUUAUCUACGGCAUUGGUGUUGGCGGAGAAUACCCAAUGACCGCCACCAGUGGUAUGGAAAAUGCCGUUGGCUCCGGAAAGAUCUCCACCAAGGAAGAUCGUCUUCACCGUGGUAGAAAGGUCACCAGUGCUUUCUUGAUGCAGGGCUGGGGCCAAUUUUUCAACCAAGUCCUUCUUCUCAUCUUGCUGUUGAUCUUCCACGGUAGUGGAAACCCUCCUUACUCGACCGUUUCUGCUCAGUGGACUUACCGUAUCUCUUUCGCUAUCCCCGCUGUUGGCACAUUGUGGCUGGUCUACUACCGUGCCUACCACAUGAAGGCAGCUAGUAAGCAGCUGGUCUCAGCCAAGAAGAAGUCCGCGGUUACUGGUUACGAUGUGCAGUCUCUUGCAUUGACGUUCAAGUACUUUGGUUUCCGCAUUGUCGCAACUGCUGGCGCUUGGUUCGCCAACGAUGUCUUCUUCUAUGGAAACAAGCUGUUCCAGUCCGAGUUCAUCUCCGUCCUCAGCGGCUCGACAGACUCGCUCAUGCCGACUUGGCUUUGGAACUUGGUCAAUGUGGGCGUUUCGCUGGCCGGUUACUACUUAGCUUCCUUCAUGAUCGACAACAAGCUCUAUGGCCGCAAAUGGAUGCAGAUCAUUGGUUUCCUGAUGGACUUCAUCCUUUUCAUUGUUCCCGCCUUCAACUACGAGUACUACACCAGCCCUCAGGGUGUUCACGCCUUCCAAGCCAUGUACUUCCUCAGUUCUUUCUUCAACCAGUUCGGUCCCAACUCGGUCACCUUCCUCGUUGCCGCAGAGGUUUUCCCUACCCCGAUCCGAGCUACGGCCCACGGUCUCUCCGCCGCUUGCGGUAAAUUGGGUGCUCUCCUCGCGUCCGUUCUGUACAACUACAUCGACACACAGACUAAGUUCCUGGUUGUUCCGUGGUUUGGUCUUGCUGGUAUGAUCCUCACCUUCAUGUUCCUGCCCGACACCACCGGCCUUGAUUUGAAGGAGCAGGAGCGUCGUUGGACAUACCUUCGUGAAGGUCGUGAGCAUGAGUACCACGGCCCUGCUGUUCACCCCAAGCACUUGUCUUUCUGGGAGCGCAUUACUGGAAAGGGUCAGUACUACAACGCCGAGUUGGAUUACCAGCGCAAGGUCGAGGAAUACCGUGCCCAAUGGGAAGAAGCUAUGACUCAGAAGCUUGCCGAGAAGGAUAAGGGCGAAGAACUCGAAAUGGAUACCGAUGAAACUCUUUUGGAAGGUCACGUCCACUCUUACUUCCACCGUACUAGCCCCAUGUUCCGUCCGAUGGAGCACACGGGCUCCAACAAAGCUGAUGACUUCGCGCUACCACCCGCUGCGCAAGAGGGUGACUCGGUUGAUUCUUCGUUCAACGAGAAAUCAUCGUGA